AGUACAUACAGCAAACUGAGCACACAGGUUCUGUCAGACUCUUCUGAAACUGGUAUUGAAUGGCCUCCCUCUGGUGUUUCUUGGUCGGAUUCUCCAAGUAAAUGGCCGGGUCAUUUAAAGCAGUUAGGCAGUAUGCAUCCAAGAAUAAAGGUGCCUUCGGCUUACAAAAAAGAAUUUCCUGGUGCAGCUGAUUUUUACAAGAAUUUUGUGGAGCCUAGGCUUCCAGUUAUAUUUGAAAAUGCUGCGGGAGGGCUGGAAGCGGACCAGUUAAAACUUUCUAAUCUUAAUAAUUCUGGACUUGCUGCCCUGUCUUUUAUAGAAGUUUCUAGAUUUGUUGAAGAAGAGAAGGAUAGAAGAAGCCUCAGGGAGUUCUCAAAGCAUAUUCAUGAAGAAAUCUACCUACAAGAUAAUGUCAAUAAUAACAUCAAGAAAUUCAUCACUUUGCCAAGAUGUCUGCGGUGUUCCUAUCUAACACCCCAUUUAGUUGAGACACGGCAUGUUGUUAUUGGACGUUCAUUUCCACUCCCCUUAAUACAGGAUGAGAAUGACCUGCUAACCUGCCUGCUUGAUGGGAAGAAGGAAGUGAUCCUUGCUGAUCCAAGAGAAUACCCCGAAAUUACAAGAAUUCUCGACUUGGAUCAAUCUUCUGGUGAAAAAGGAAGUUUUAUUAACAGUUUACGGGUUGACUACCUUAAAUAUCCGGAGGCGGCCAAAGUUGGAAAGUAUCGUGUUGCUCUGUUAGGACCAGGAGAUUGCUUGUAUAUCCCAGCAGCAUGGAUUCAGCAAACCAACAUAAUUGAAACAGUUAACACAAUUGAACUCAGAUGGGAGAAUACUGCCUGGAAACCUGAUGAUGAAUGUUUAAAGAGUAUUCACAAGCAUGCACCACUAUCACAGUUCUCUUACAAAGGUAGAAAAAUUUUCAUUAUCAACUCCAUCGUUUACAAUUUGGGCUUCCAGUGGAAAUAAGAAAUAUUUAUUUUG